AUGUCUAAGAGAUCUAUUACGGAGAUUGAGGUAGAAGCUUACCAGGAACAUAAUUCUGCUAUAGUGGGCAGUUUUUUCAAGGGUGUUCGGGUGCCAAAGGAUACGAAAUUCGACUUGUACAGAAAGAAGGCUUCUAAGAGUGAUUUCAUACUACACGGUGAAAAUGAGAGGUUAGAAUAUGAGGGCUCCACUGAUGGUUUGAGCAAAGAUGGUACGCAGUCUGUUAUUGGUGUUUUUAAUAAGGAAAAGAACUCUAUUGAAUUAUACAGGGCACCUAUCCUAGUGUCAAAAGUUAUUUCCAAAUCAACGAAGAGACUUGCUGGCCCUGAAAUUAAGAAUGCUGAAGUUAGAGCAUCUGUCUCAAGAAAUGCCCUAGGUGAAGCUUUCGGUUCAAAGAAGGCUAAAAAGGCUAUUGCCGACUUAGAAAGAAAUCGUAUUGAUUCUGAUAAGUUAACUGAUGUUGCUAUCGAUAUCGUAGACUCCGUCAGAACUGCAUCUAAGGAUUUACCGACUAGAAAAGAAUUGGACGAAGCUGUUUCUAACGAUAGACCAACUCCAUUAGCUAACUUGGAAGCUACAGACGUUGAACAAAUUUAUCCACUCGAAAAUAUAAUACCAAAGAGAGAAUUACAAUUCAUUCGUGUUGGCCACAUCUUAAAAGAAACCGAUAAUGAAAAGAGAUUGGAAUUUUUCCCAUUCACUUCAUCUAAGUAUAUUUCCAAGAAAUUAGUGACCUUAACUCAGCCAUCUCAAAUGGUUAAAUUACAAUUAUUGUACUACUUAUCAUUACUAUUGGGUGUCUACGAAAAUAGAAGAGUGAACAAUAAAGUCAAGCUACUAGAAAGAAUAAACUCCCCACCAGAAACUUUAAUCGAUGGUGUUCUAGACAGAUUUACCGUCGCUAGACCAGGCCAAUUUGGUAGAUCAAAAGAUCGUUCUUUCUUCGUCAAUCCACAAAAUGAGGAUAAAUUACUGUGUUACAUUUUAACGAUCGUGCUACAUUUAGAUAACUUCAUUGUGGAAAUUUCUCCGUUAGCUCAAGAAUUAGGUCUCAAACCUUCUAAAAUUGUUUCCCUAUUCAGAACUAUUGGUGCUAUUGUCAAAGGUGCCACUGUUGCUCAAGCAGAUGCUUUCGGCAUUCCAAAGAGUGCUGCUAACACUUACAAAAUAGCUACUUUGAAGGUCCCCUUCAAGUUACCAGAAAUGGUCAGAAGAGGUAGAGCUGCAAGACGUUAG